UUGUUUUCUAACACCCAAGACUGGGGUGAUGAGAGUAGUAGGGUUAACGUCAUUUCUGUCCCAGAAGUUGUAAACUCUGUAUGGCCUUCCUCACAUGCUUUCCCCCGACCGUCACUACUUGGUACGCUCCAACCUAUGACCCGCUCUCGCUGCGAAGAAGGGAGCUGGUCAACGAGACUCUGUAGAAGCGGGAGGGGCCGCCAGCGCGCGCCACUUUUCGCCUCUUCUGGAACAGCGCCCGCGCACUAGGAGUCUUGCCUGUCUUCCCAGCGCGACCGCUGCCCCCAGCCCACGCAGGAUAAUGGCGACAGCUGAGGUACUGAAUAUUGGUAAAAAACUCUAUGAGGGUAAAACAAAAGAAGUCUAUGAAUUGCCAGAUAGUCCAGGAAAAGUCCUCCUGCAGUCCAAGGACCAGAUAACAGCAGGAAAUGCAGCCAGAAAGAAUCACCUGGAAGGAAAAGCUGCAAUCUCAAAUAAAACUACCAGUUGUAUUUUUCAGUUGUUAAAGGAAGCAGGUAUCAAAACUGCUUUCACCAGAAAAUGUGGGGAGACAGCUUUCAUUGCACCUAAGUGUGAAAUGAUUCCAAUUGAAUGGGUUUGUAGAAGAAUAGCAACUGGUUCUUUCCUCAAAAGAAAUCCUGGUGUCAAGGAGGGAUAUAAAUUUUACCCACCUAAAGUGGAGCUGUUUUUCAAGGAUGAUGCCAAUAAUGAUCCACAGUGGUCUGAAGAACAGCUAAUUGCAGCAAAAUUUUGCUUUGCUGGACUUGUUAUAGGCCAGACUGAAGUGGAUAUCAUGAGUCAUGCUACACAGGCUAUUUUUGAAAUACUGGAGAAAUCCUGGUUGCCCCAGAACUGUACACUGGUUGAUAUGAAGAUUGAAUUUGGUGUUGAUAUAACUACCAAAGAAAUUGUUCUUGCUGAUGUUAUUGAUAAUGAUUCCUGGAGACUCUGGCCAUCAGGAGACCGAAGCCAACAGAAAGAUAAACAGUCAUAUCGUGACCUCAAGGAAGUAACCCCCGAAGGGCUCCAGAUGGUGAAGAAGAAUUUUGAGUGGGUUGCAGAAAGAGUGGAGUUGCUUCUGAAAUCAGAAAGUCAGUGCAGAGUUGUAGUAUUGAUGGGCUCAUCUUCCGAUCUCAGUCACUGUGAAAAAAUCAAGAAGGCUUGUGGAAAUUUUGGCAUUCCAUGUGAACUUCGGAUAACAUCUGCCCAUAAAGGACCAGAUGAAACUCUGAGGAUUAAAGCAGAGUAUGAAGGGGAUGGCAUUCCUACUGUAUUUGUGGCAGUGGCAGGCAGAAGCAACGGUUUAGGACCAGUGAUGUCUGGUAACACUGCAUAUCCAGUUAUCAACUGCCCUCCACUCACUCCAGACUGGGGAGCUCAGGAUGUGUGGUCUUCUCUUCGACUACCCAGUGGUCUUGGCUGUUCAACCAUACUUUCUCCAGAAGGAUCAGCUCAGUUUGCUGCUCAGAUAUUUGGAUUAAACAACCAUUUGGUAUGGGCUAAACUGCGAGCAAGUAUAUUGAACACAUGGAUUUCCUUGAAGCAGGCUGACAAGAAAAUCCAAGAGGGCAAUUUAUAAAACAUCAUUGCUUUUUUUUUUUUUUUUUUUUUUUUAAAAAAGCUAAUUUUUUUUUUUUUUUUUU